GUUUGCUAAUUCUGAUAUAGUUACUGUAUUUAUCUGAGGCGCUGGGAGCAACAGACACUGUCGACGCUAGCUUCAGUACAAAGAAAGAUUUAAGGAUAACACCUGGGCUCCUGUGCAGUAGAAAAGCCAGCACCACGAAGAAGACGAAAGAGGGAAGGACGCUGACACAUCCUGGUGUAACGGUUGUGUUUAGAGUGUGUUCCUCUGCUGUGUGAACCAGGAUGUCCCAUAUGGGUGAAGACAGCACCUGGUCCCAGCCAUGGGAUUUCAGCUGCCUUAUCCAGACAUGCAGCUCUAACAUCCAAAAGAUCAGCCAGAACUCUGGUCAGAUGAAAAGUCUCCUCUACCAACUGGGGACAAGAGAGCAAACCUCUGAUCUUCAUGACAGACUCCAACAGCUCCAACACUCCACCAAUCAGCUGGCUAAAGAAACCAACAGACACCUGAAGGAGCUGGGCUCACUGCCCCCACCGCUGUCUCCAUCAGAACAGAGGCCGCAAAAGCUACAGAAGGAGCGUUUGAUGAAUGAUUUCUCUGCAGCACUCAACAAUUUCCAGGUGGUACAGCGAAAGGUAGCUGAGAAAGAGAAGGAGUCAGUGGCCAGAGCUCGGGCUGGAUCAAGGACCAUGGGAGAUGGAGGCAAUGUGAAUGAACAGCUAGUUACAUUUGAAAAGGAAGAUUUUUGGGGUGAGAGCCAGACUCAGACUGAGGAGUCCAGCAUUACAGAGGAGGAACUGGAUAUCCUCAGAGAGAGAGAGACUAACAUCAAACACCUGGAGGCCAACAUUAUGGAUGUAAACCAGAUCUUCAAGGACUUGGCUGUGAUGAUUCACGACCAGGGAGACAUGAUUGACACCAUUGAGGCCAAUGUGGAAAGUGCUGAGGUUCAUGUGGACAGAGGGGUGGUCCAGCUGCAGAAGGCGGCCUAUCACCAGAGGAAGUCCCGUAAGAGGAUGUGCAUGCUGACCAUGGUGAUGUCGCUGGUGCUCAUCAUCCUCAUCCUCAUCAUCUGGCAGGCCCUGAAAUAAGAGGAGAAGCAAACCUUGAACUGACUUCCAGUGUGUGUGUGUGUGUGUGUGUGUGUGUGAGAGAGAGAGAGAGAGAGAGAGAGAGAGAGAGAGAGAGAGAGAGAGAGAGAUGUAUGUGCAAGUCUGUACAUCAGUUUUAGUUUAACCAAUGAACUCCAUAUUUCAAUAUAAAAAGGCUACAUUUUCCUUCUGUAUUCACCUUUAUUCAGUCACUGUGUGUGACUGAUUGUGAAUGUAUUUAUUUGGGAAUGGUUGUGGUUGGGUUUAGUAAGGGCUAACAAUUGUGUGAUGAUAUUUAACUUUUUUUAGUGUAUUUCCUUAACUGUAAAACUGACAUGUCUUUGGUGUUUCCCUUGUAGUUUGGGACAAUAAAACUCCACUCCACUGUUACCACUACUACUAAUAAUAACACUUAAUCAACUCAUUGUUGGAAGAUGGCCAUGCAUGCACAAAAUCUUUAUUUAAAGGACAAAGAAUGUUUUCGCUUUGUGUGAGUGUGUGUGUGUGUGUGUGUGUGUGUG